AUGGGAACUUUUCCCAGAGAAGCCUUGCUUCAGGAUUCGCACUAUGAGAAGCCAGACGUGAAAGGCUUCCAACGAAAAGCUGAAACUGCACGCAUUGACUGUGGUAGGCUUCUUCACGAAGAAGAGCUUGGCAAUUAUACGAGGCUAAUGGCAUCGUCGCGUACGAGACUUCGCGAUCAAAAUGUGUCUAUGACCUGUGAGGAUGUUCAGGCCCGAGUUCUUCCACCAAACCCGUUAAACCGUUUACAUUUCGGAAUAGCCUAUGCACGUAUAGUAUACGAGAGCUAUGACUUUAUCGAGGACGAACUCAGAUCAAGCUACCAUCCGCAAAAUUUCUUCUGCUAUGCCAUCGAUUAUAAAGCGAAGAGAGAAUUCGCGGAGAGAAUAGAGGGUCUCGCCAAAUGUCUUUCAAAUGUUGUAGUUCCAACCAAGCGUUUUGACAUAGGAAGGGCUGGAAUCAAUGGAACUCGUGCACAUUACGAAUGCAUGAAGUCGUUGAUGGUAUACAAAGGAUGGGGAUACGUCAUUCUUAUGCAGGUUUUCCACAUAAAUCUCGAUAUCGCCGUUAAUCUAUGCAGUGUCCAGACUGAUCUUCAGAAUUAUGACAUCAUGAUCAAAACUGUGUACGAGGCCGUUGAUAUUCUGCGUGCUCUCGGAGGAGCUAAUGAUGUUCACGUGAGACCAUGCGAGAGUAAUCGCUACAAUCACUCUUUGAAAUGGGAUGUCCGUUCACUGAAGUUCUUUCGAAACGAGACGCAAAUGACGCCAACGCAAUUGAAUGCUUCGUUGGUAUUCGCCCGAGGUGCAGUGCAUGCGUCACUGUCACGCGCUGCGGCUGACUGGAUGGUGAACACCGUAGAUCUCACAAAAACGUUUGAACAGCUCGAUCGCAAAGUAUGA